UGAGGAUAGAGGGGGUUACAGUCAGUGCCGCUCUGACUCACAAAAUCAUUCCAGUCUUACUAUUCCAGCUGAUCCCCUGACCGGGAGUGUCCGUCUGUAUCAAGGAAAAGGAUCAGAGGAUCAGCAGCAGACUACAUGAGAAUGGAAAAUUCCACUUUUUUCCCAUCCUCACCCAACCCUUUGGCACUGCAGUUGGAGGAGGGAGAAGAAGAGUAUGCCCCCAUGGAAGACAUGCCCUCAGAGCUGGAGACCACACUCCGGUACCUCUCCAUUAUCAUUUACAGCAUAUCAUUCCUACUGGGAACCACAGGCAAUGGCUUGGUGAUCUGGAUUGCUGGAUUUAGGAUGAAGAGGACGGUGAACACUGUUUGGUUUUUGAACCUUGCCAUUGCCGAUUUCAUCUUCACCUUCUUCUUACCGUUGAGUAUCGCCUACACGGCCCUUGGAUUCCAUUGGCCCUUUGGGACCUUACUAUGUAAACUUAAUAGCACCGUGGCUUUCUUGAACUUAUUUGCCAGUGUCUUCCUCUUGACUAUUAUCAGCGCUGACCGUUGCGUCUCCAUCGUAAGACCCGUAUGGGCACAAAACCAUAGGACCACCAGGCUAGCCAGUGCCAUAGCACUAGCCAUUUGGCUGGGCGCCUUUUGCCUCUGCUCCCCAUACUUGGCCUUUAGGGAUACCAUAAGAGAUCCCGAAACCAAUGUGACCCAUUGCUAUAACAAUUAUGCCUUUUCCAAUGACUUCGAUGACUUGGAGGUGGUGGCCCUCAGAUCCAUGAGGCACCAGGUGAUGAUCUCUGUCCGUUUUCUGUUCGGGUUCUUGCUCCCUUUCGGGCUGAUCUUGGUUUUUUAUUCCUUAAUGGCCCUUAAGUUGAGGAGGAGUCAACUCUCUUGGUCCAGUCGACCAUUCAAGGUGAUGGCCACUGUGGUAGCUGCUUUCUUCCUUUGUUGGUUCCCUUACCACAUCCUUUCAGUCUUGGAAGUCGUCAUGCACCACUGGGACAACAAAGGGUUGAAAUCAGCAGUUCUUAUAGGAAGUCCUCUAGCAACGAGCCUGGCGUUCUUCAACAGCUGCCUGAAUCCUUUCUUAUACGUCUUCUUGGGGAGGGACUUCAAGGAGUCCUUGCGUAGGUCCAUCCUUUUGGCCUUUGAAAGCGCAUUUAGUGAAGAACAUGGCAAAAAUAACUAUAGCCAAGGGAAGUCGCGAUCGGUGUCCGACCAAGAGUCUCAGUUUACCUGA